CUUCAUCAUCAUCAUCAUCAUCAUAAACAAAGGCUUGUAAGAAAUGUUUUCUCUGAGCUCAAAAACAGCCAUGCUCUCCAUUUUCGUCUUCCUCCUCAGUAUCCCAUAUACAGUUCUUUCCCUAACUCUACUCAACUUGCUUCGUUUGCCAACACCACUUUCAGGUCCUGCCUAUCUAGCCUUUGAUUCCAAUGGCGAAGGACCCUAUACGGGCAGUUCCGAUGGCAGAAUUUUCAAGUAUGAAGGACCCAGAAUUGGCUUCACAGAAUUUGCGUUUACUCCAGCAAAUAGAUCCAAAUCAUUGUGUGAUUUCACUACCGACCAACGACUCCAGUCAAUUUGCGGGAGGCCAAUGGGAUUGACCUUCAAUCAACGGACAGGAAAUCUCUACAUUGCUGAUGCUGAUAAUGGACUCUUUUUUGUGGGUCCCAAUGGAGGUCCUGCAACCAGACUUGCGUGUUCAGCGGACGGUGUUCAUUUCAACUUCCUAGCUGGUCUUGACAUUGACCAGGGAACUAGGAAUAUUUAUUUCACACAAGCCAGCUCUAACUUCAAAUUGAGAGAUUUAUCGAGCUUGGUUAGUAGCAAAGACAGUUCAGGUAGCCUGUUCAAGUACAAUCCCAGGACCAAGAAAGCCACAACGCUUCUCCGAGGCCUUUCGGUGGCGGCAGGAGUGGCAGUAAGCAAAGAUGGAUCGUUCGUGUUGGUGAGUGAGUUCUUAGGAAAGAGGAUUAAUAGGUUUUGGCUAAGAGGUCCAAAAGCUAAUACAUCGGAGACGUUCUUGGUGGUUAAGGGAACACCACAUAGCAUUCGGAGGAAUUCGCGGGGGGAGUUUUGGGUAGCGGUGAACAGAAUUUUGGGACCGCCACCGCCGCCGACGCCUCCAAUGUUGGCGCUUGGACUGAGAGUGAAUGAGCAGGGUCAGGUUUUGCAAGAGGAGUCUUUUGCAUUAGCAUAUGGAGUUGAGGCAGUGAGUGAAGUUCAGGAGUUCAAUUUUGAUUUGUACACUGGGUCUCUGCAUGUCCCUUAUGCUGCUAGUUUCAGGCCUUAAUUAGAAUCUGUCUCAGAAUGGUGAUGGAUUCCAAAUCUGUUAAAUAAAUCAAUUAAUGCAAUAAGGUUUUCUUUUAGAGAAUUAUAAA